CUCAGAGUUACCUUGCCAACCGCCCGUUGCGUACACGAGUUCCCCCUCGCUGCAAUUCUUCAACAUACAAAAAACAAAAACAGUCGAAGUUAUUAAUUAAUUUAUUUUUUACUUUUCUACUUUUAUAAUUAGUUCAAUCCCGAUAGCUUUUACGUGGUGUUACGUUAUUUUUUUAAUAUUAUUUUAAGCGAUAUCUAUUUUUUGGAUCAACAUAAAACUUGUCUCGAUAAGGGACGUGGUGUACUUUCUCACUUUCAACAGGCUUUGAGCAGUAUCUUGACGACUGAGGUUUGGAAAAAGCCGAAUAAAGGUCCGAUCUCAAAAAUAAAACCCAAACGAUAAAGGGACACAUAAUCCCGUUCUAUGCAACAACUUUCAUAAACGAUUGGGACAAUCCUGUCGACAUGCAUAUAGAGGUGCAAAUCGCUCUCAAUUUCGUCAUAUCAUACCUUUACAACAAGCUUCCGAGGCGGAGGGUCAACAUUUUCGGGGAGGAGCUUGAAAAAGCACUUAAAGAAAAGUUCAGAGGACACUGGUACCCGGAAAAGCCUGUGAAAGGUUCCGCGUUCAGAUGCUUAAAGACUGGAGACCCUGUGGACGCAGUUUUCGAAAGGGCGGCCAAGGAGAGCGGAGUCCCGAUCCAGGACAUCCUCGAAAACCUUCCCCAGGAUCUCGCCGUCUGGGUCGACCCAGGUGAAGUGAGCUACAGGAUCGGGGAGAAGGGCAUUAUCAAAAUCCUCUACGUCGAGACGAACGACGUUCACGAAGAGGCCAACGCGGACCGGGAGGUCAUCAAGACCUUCAAUCCGGAAGCGCAGUGCUUCAGGCCGAUCGACGCUGUCCUCGGAGCCUUGAACCUCUCUCCGAAGGGUUCUCCUCCGCUUCCUUCCGACGUCUCACCGACGGCCACCUUCAAGGGUCCCGGAUCUCCCAGCCCGGUAGCCCCGGCCACCACCUUCAUGCCGAGAACUACGCAACCUCUCACUUUCACCACUGCUACAUUCGCCCAAACCAAAUUCGGCAGUACGAAACUGAAGACGAACAGCAAGCGAGCUAACAGGAUGUCGCCGACCGAGUUUUCAAAUUACAUCAAGCAACGGGCGAUGCAGCAGCAGGCCGGAGGUCACAGCCACAGCGGUCAGGGCGGUUCCCCCGGGCGAUCACUUUCGCCUUCUGUGAACCAGCAGGACUAUUUGUAUCCGUCUUACUACAGGCCGACGUCGCUUUUCGACAAUUACCACAACGGCGACAUGUACCAGAAGAUGCCGUACCUCGAGCCGUCUCAGUACUAUCCGGUGCCACCCAACACGCCACCGGCACCGCAGCAAAACCAGUCCCAGGAGAACAAAACGCAGCAGCUUUUGGACUCUCUCUCCAACUUUCCUACUUACUCACCGAACCAAUAUCCACAAUUGCUCGUCGCCAACUAAACACGCUCGCCCUUCAAAAAAUCAGAACCCCACCUAGAUUUUCUCCACUGAAACACCCCCCACACACACGUUUAACGAAGUAUGCUUUGGUUUUUAAUCGUUUCAAAAGAGUACCGAUGACCGGAAAGGAUGGCCGACGAGGGUAGUUCUGACCACCGACAGAACGGCCUGGGAAAACUAUAAACAUUUUUAUGGCACAGUAAAAGUUUUUUAAAAUCUAUUUCUACUACCGUCUAAUUCGAUCUACUCUCUAAUUUCAAUAUUUCCACAUUAUAAUAUUCAUGUCGUAACGCUUGUAAAUUUUUUCUAUUGCCCUCGUAAUUAUCAUCUUUCCAAUUGUGAUUCAAUUCAACAAAUAUAAAUCUCAUUGUGAUUUUAAUACCUAAGUUUUUUUUGUAAAAGAAGUUAACAUAUUGUUAUUAUUUAUCUUUGUAUAAAAUGUUUAAAAAGUUAAAAUACUUUCUUUAAAGAAAGAAAAUCUGAUAAUGUCAGUUGUACAAAUUUAUUCUUUAUAAAGCUGUUUUUAAGUGAGUUACUGUGCUCGAUCUAAAACUAAACUAUUUCAGUACAUAUAUGUAUUUGGGAAACGUUUUGGAUUUUUUCGGAGGAGGAUGACAACCUAGAGUUUUAAAAUAAAACUAAAUAAUUUAUUUUUUCACCGUGCAAAAUAGUUCAAUUAUUUUAGUGAGAUUAUAGUAUUACUUAAAAAAAAGAAGAAGAAGAAAGAUACUAUGUUGCGAUGUAAAUAGCGUAUUUUUUCACAAAACGGCAAAAAUGAAAAUAUGUUUUUUGUAUAGAUUCAUUGUUUCAUUGUGAUUGAGCGGGCCGGCGGUUGUGUGUAAAUAGAAAGAGAUGAAUGCCUCCUGGCGAAUUGUCCACCUCUUAUAACCACCAUCCUAGCAAAUUGUUCGGUACCUGAAAUUUAACAUUUUUAUAUACCCAGUCGGUUAAUAUUGUAUUUUAAGCUGUUUUUCUAAAAAAAAAGAAAAAACUGUCGCGUCCCUACAAUGUCCCAAAUCGAAAUUACAUAUAAUUUACAUUAUCUGAAAGACGAAAACCUUGAAAAGUUCUUCCCCGAGUUUAAAUAGAACAGUAUUUCCCUAUAUCAUUGUACAAAACCAGUUUGAAUAGUUUUUUUGUUCAUAUCUCUUUCUCUUGUUCAUUUGACUAUAAAACGUAAAGUAUUAAAGUACAUAAAACAUUUUUUUUAAAUAUUUAUUUUAUUUUUAUUUUUCAUCUUUUUGUAUUAUUUUAUAAACGCUAUUUGGCUUUUCAGCCUUCUUUAUAGUUAAUUUUGUUUGAAUAUUUUAUAUUACUUUUUGUAUAAAAAAAAUAUAUAUAAUGAUUAAAAAAAAGAAACAAAAAAUUGUUAUAACAUUUUUGUAGACAAACUCGUUUCAAUAUUUUUAUACUGUCGGUUACAAUACUUUUACAAUUUAGAAGCUAGUUUGUAUUACAAAACAUAUUAUGUGAGUACAUAUGCGAAGAUCAAAAGUAAAUUUCUAGUGAUAGCCUCUAUUAAAAAAAAAAAAAAAAACGGGAAUCGUAAUCCCUCUCUUUUGAUUUUACGUGUCUACAAAAUUUGCUGCAUCUUCGUAGUAUUUAUACAUACAAUAAAAAAAUUGAUUUGAUGAUUUUUCUAAUCAGUGGUAAUUUUGUAUCUCAAUAGACGGCGUUUAAAACACGCAUAGUUUUUAGGGUUAUUCAAUAAUAUUUUGUAUUUUGGAUGUGAGCGUCGAGUAAGACUACGUUAGUAGAGAAACGGCAGGGUCUAACCUGCUUUAUCCUCUCUUGCAUGUUCUUUAUAUCAAUGUGAUUGUUAACAACUAGUUAUAUUAACUUUUACCCAUAUGCCAAUAUGUGUGUAUAAAAAUCGACCGUUUUUAUACAUAUAUAUUUAUAUAUGAGAAUAUACAUAUAUAUUUUUUAUUAAAAGAGUUUUUGCACUAUGUUAAUCAUGCAUGGGAUAUUCGUAACGAUAUGAAUAUUAAUUUCAUUAAUGAAGAUGAAUAUUUGUACUUUAGUAUUUUUGUACUGUGACAACAUUUUAUAAACUAGAUUAAGAUAAUUUAGUGUAAACUACAUUGUUUUGUGGUUGUGUUCCUUUUAUCACUCAUUUUGUUAUUUCUAAAAAGAGUAUAAUCUAUAUACAUAUAUAUAUUUUAUAUUAGGAGUUUUAGGAGGCUUUUCUAUUUUUGAAUAUCACUAGACAAAUUUUUGAUGUCCUUUUUGAUGUGAAAAUUUUUCUAGUUAGCAAGAAUUUGGUGUAAAUGAUAAACGGAAUGUAUUCAUUU